GGUAACAAGGUUCGACGGGAAGGAAGAAACAAGGAACGAUAUGAGAGACGUAUUCUGGACGAGCUGAUGAAGAUGUUCAAUGACUCCGACUCCUUUUAUUAUUCGUGUGAAGCAGAUCUAACAAGCUCUCUGCAGCACCAGAGUGAUCCCUCCUAUGAUGCUAGUCUGCCACUCUGGCGUAGAGCUGAUGAUAACUUCUUCUGGAAUAAACACAUGCUUAUGGAUCUUAUUGAUCAGGAGAUACCAAAUUUGGAUAUAUGGAUUGUACCAGUGAUACAAGGCUAUGUCCAGACAGAGGCUGUGCCCCUUGAUGCAACAGUAUCUUCCCCAGAUGAUUCCAUGGACAAACAAAAACGUGAUCAGUAUACGUUGACUUUAAUAUCUCGAAGAAGUCGGUAUCGGGCCGGCACCAGGUACAAGAGACGGGGAGUUGAUGAGGACGGCCAUGUAGCAAACUAUGUUGAGACUGAACAAAUAGUAUCAUAUUCCCAUCACCGGGUUGCCUUUGUUCAG